AUGUUAUUCGUCGCAGCGCAACGUCAGAAUACUUUAAAAAGAACAAAGCCAACAACAGGUGCCAGCUUGAGAGCUCAGUAUUGUUUGGAUUUGGAUUUUAUUGACCAGUUUAGCAGCAACCAGGACUCACAAGAAACAAUGGCAGCUUACGGGGUCAGGAACGCAGCUAUCACCACUAUAUUAUUCGACCUGGACAACACGCUUAUUGAAACAAGAAAGGGCGACAGUUUAGCUUGUAAAAAGAUGAGUAUUCCAAAAAACGUGGAAGAAUGCGUGAACGCUUUAAAAAAAGCGACGAGCGAUUCAGCAAAGUUCGGAGCGGUUUUUAUGGUGACAAAAUUAGUCAAGAGUGAUGAUUGCAGAGCGGAGGACUACAAGCUGAUCUUCGAAGCCAUAGGCUCUAAAUUUCUGCGAAGAUUAAUGGUAAGCAACGACGUACCCGCCGGGUGUCCACCGGACAUCUACAGAUCAAUUGCAUUUUCAAUCUUAACAGCUUUUUGCAACGAACCGGAGCUAGCUCAGCACCCGGACAUGAUAUCCCACGUUCCAGCGCUGCUAGAAAUAAUUUCACAAAUUACCGACGACACUUCCGACGACAUGCUGAUAAUCGUAAGCCAAGCUUACACCUGCUUGCAAAACAUCGCGCAAUUUCCAGCUGGACAAAAGGCGCUCUUAGAGCAGGGAGCAAUUCCCAAGAUGUGUGAAAUUUACUCCGAGCAGAGUUUCCAGACCGACCAGGCCUUGAACAUCCUGGUGACUUUAGUCAAUCAUCUGGGCCCUGAAGCCUGGGACCCGGUUGACACCGCGCCGUUCCACGCGAUCCUCAACAAAAUCGCCGUCGAUUUCGAGACCGAUCACUCGGAAAGGAAAUUUGAGCUGUGCGGAAUUCUCCAAGCUUUGAUAGCUUCCUGCCGCAAGGACGCGGUCGUAGACACUUGCAAGGAAGAAACCUGGCCUCAGAGUUUGUACAAAGGACUCUUUGAUAUUCUCGGUUCAAAAAUUGGAAAGAACCAGCGAGACCCGGCUUUGAAAUUAGCCUCAACUGUGCUUGAAUUAUUUGGAGCUGAAUGGGCGCUGAUGGACGAAGAAAAACCCAAGGCAUUCUUUUUAUUAUUGAUCCAAUUAGCGUGCAUUGAAGUUAGGAUGCAGCUCGAGGGUAAGCAGCUUAAAUCAGUCCUUCAAAAUGCCGAUUUGAUAACAGCUUGCUUCGUUAUUCUGGAGGUUUCUCUGCAAUACAUAACUACAGACCAGUUAGACUUGGAGCAGAAAGAAAAACAAUCUUUGUACACUGCGCUUAAAGGAGCUUUUUCGGCAGUAAUUGGUCUCCUUACAUCCGUCUCAAAAAUGAAGGAACUAACUGAUAUUAAAGAGAAAGUAUUUGUCUGCGCUAUGGUCAGAGUUUUGGCUGCCUGGUUGGUUCAAGAUACAUCUGCAAUGCGGCCGCAAGUCUACGCAGUUCUUCCCUACAUGCUUACCGUCGCCAAAGACACUUUCUACGCGUUCAGAAACAGAAAACUAGCUGAAAAAUUGAAGGCUAACAAGCCUGAAGACUCAUCAUCGUCCUCUGAGCCGGUUGUUCAUGAUCCUCUUAGUGAAGUAGAUGUCCUGCGAGUUCUCCUACCGGCGCUGUGCCACCUGGCGGUCGAGGAAGACGCUAGGAAAAUUAUGCUCAAGCACAAGCAGGAGGAAAUACUCUUUGACUGUCUCUCCUACCACUGGACGGUCGUUCAGAACAAAAAACCUCCUGUUCCGAGAUCAGAACGGCUCAAGGCUAUCAAAGAACCCCAGAAAGAAAUAGAGCCGAGGAUUUUGGAGGAAAUGAAGGACUCACGCGCUGCUAUGGUGUCCAUUUGCAACGUUUUAAUGAACAUCACUGUCCUGGAAGCUAAGCUUGUUGAGCAAUCGCAGACUUUCAUCGCUUUGCUCAAGUUUAUCUUUGAUAACUUGCCGAUUGUCAAGCAGACCAGCGAGAAUCUGGUCCUUCAUGGUCAUCUGGCUGUCUUGGGGCUGCUGCUGCUUAAACAGCAGGCUAAACUUGCUAAGAAAAAUGAUUAUAGUAUCACUGGGUUUAUCAGAGCUACUAUUAGGUUCCUCUGGGACGCCUAUAUUGUUGAUGAAAGCAGCAAUUCUAGUGAAUUGGUCGUUUCUAUUUCUUACAAAGAACACUGGAUGGAAAUUAUGGAGCUCUGGUUCCUCGGCAUGCAGACCAUGGCUAGUGUUCUCCAGCAGAUUCCCUGGCUCGCGGAAUUUGCUAUUGAAUCAGGAUGGGUUCAAGGCAUCAUUGAUCUACUCAAGAAGGUCAAGAUUGGAUCUCUUCCUCCGAAUGUCAAGUCUGCUUAUGAAGAUCUUCUUUGUCAUCUGGUCAAAGCUGACUCCAAGCUUGCUGAGGAGUUGACUACGCAGUACAAUGUUCCGCACGAAGCGUCGACAAAGAUCACCAGCAGCUACUUAAAGCACUUCAGAAAUUGUCCUGACAAUCAGGCGUACGACCUGGACACCUGGAGAACCUCUCUCUGGUCGAAAGCUCUGGGUGAAAAGUACUCCUGCAUCGCGGAUAAAGUCUACGCAAGAUGGUUGUACCUGCGGUACCGCUACCUCGCUCUGACACCCGAUACCCAGUCGAUGUUGAUGGAGCUCAGGAAGAAGUACGCGCUUGGCUUGAUAACCAACGGCUCUUCCAACGCCCAGUGGGAGAAAAUUCGCCAGCUGGACAUCUCUCGGUACUUCGACCUGAUACUCGUGUCCGGUGAUUUGCCCUGGGAGAAACCUGAGUCCAGGAUCUUUCACGAAGCUUGUCGUAUUCUCGGCGCGCUACCGAGUAAUUGUAUCAUGGUCGGAGAUAAAUUGGAGACGGACAUACUAGGUGGUGUUGAAAGUGGAUUGGGUGGUACUGUUUGGUUGCCAAUUUCAGACAAAACACGGCUGUCCGCGGAUGAUCCUAAGCCAGAUUACACAAUAAAGCGAGUAACUGAUUUAAUAAGUAUUCUGAAUCGUCGACCAGGCCCUCCGGAGCUUGAGGAUUCGUCAUCAAACGCUUCUGACGGCAGCUGA